CUGCCAAUCUUCUUUAAUAUUGCAGUUCUUUCGCUCAGUUUUGUUCCAACGCUUAUUGCGGCCACAACGUUGCCCAAUGCCCGAGAAGACAACUGCAACAGUAGCCGAAGCAGCAGCAGCAGUAGCAGUUAGCAGGGAGCGUUUAUAUGGCCAUGGCGCUGGAGGAGGAGCAACGUCAACUGCUGCUGCAUACAUUGAACAGACUUUGGAGCCAUUAUCUGAAAGCCUUCGACUCUGAGGCCGUCGAUGAUAACCAGACAGCGAGUGUCAAGGAACACUGGCUCUGGCAAUUGCUCUACAACUUUCAGUACUUGGAUGAGCAAACACUGCAGAAUGCACAGUUCAACAGCAACUUUAAUCAGCUGCCCGAGGAGCUCUGCUCCUAUUUACUGGAGCAGGUGUAUCAGAUUAUCAGCGCCGCCAAGCGAUCACAGGAAUCGGAACAGCAAGAUAAAUGCAUCAAACAACUAUGCAAGCAGCAUAAUCUGGCACAGCUUAUACUUAGCACAACCAGUGAUUGCAACAAGAUUCUUGCGUUGCGGACAUUUCUCACUAAUGGCUUGGGUCAACACUUGCUGGCCGUUCUGCUGCGCGUACAAAUGAAGCACAUCGCCUCGCUGAAGAGUCUCUGCCAGUUGUGUAUAAAUCUGUUCCCCAAUUGCAAGUGGAGCGCAACAAAUGCUCCGCUGAAGCCGCUAACCAGUAUCGCUCAGUUUAUUGGCAGCUUUCACCUCAACUCACAGCGCAGCAAAACGCGACGCCAGCAACAACAACAGCAACAAGUACGACUACCUAUUGAGAUUCUCGACAGCUUUGAUCAAUUUCGAAAUGCUUGCAAGACAAGUGACGAGCUGGCGCUGAUACUCAUCCAAUUACUCACACGUUGCAUAGACGCGGAACAGGAGCCGCAGCUAAGUGUAACCGUGCACAACUUUGCGCUCGGUCAUUUGUGCAGCAGCUGCGUGGAUGAACCAGAUGAUGAGCAGCCCGGCGACAACGAUGAGAUUAUCAAAUUCGAGCUGCUGCAGCUAAUUGCUCAUUGUGUCAACAAUUUUUACAUGUACGAACAGCAGCCCAGCUCCUUGGAUUUCAAUGGCAACUUCAGUCAGCUGCUCUAUGCGCUGGCCGCCAAUCGUGGCAGCACCGUGCUCUCCCAUGGCAUACUCUACAUCAUGUUUGGCACGCUGCACAAUCUGGUGGAGAAUGCGGCGCAGCAGUUGAGCGAAAUCGAUGUGAAACACUUUGACAGCUGCUUUGAUGUGCUGCAGGAGGCAGCCACAUGCCCCACCUCAACAUCGCUGCUCUUUCUGCAUAUCUACAAGCUGCUGCUGCGUCUCACGGAUCACUUAUCGCGGCAAGAACAGCAACAACAGUGUCUCAUGGAGAGCAGCACCUCGAGUGCCUUGGUUAAACAGCAACAACAACAACAGCAGCCGCCACGCCACAAGCGACAGCGCCACAGUCAAUUGCAUUGCACGCAGCGCUCGCUCAGCUGCUAUUUCCAGGGCAAACUGUAUCAGCUGCUACCCAGUCUGGUGCCGGAGCUGCAGGAGCAUAGCGUACGCUCGCUGUUGCGGACCGGCAGCUGUUGCUGCCACUACAAUGCCGCCAACUAUGCCACCUGGCUGCGCCUGGCCACCCAACUAUCAAGCAGCUAUCAGAAGUGCGCCUACAAAUUUCUCCACUACAAUGUGCUGCACACAAUCUUUGUGAAGCGUUCGCCACAGCAAUGUGGCGUGUGCGAGGAGAAGCUCAAGUCGCCCGUAUUUCACACACAGCUACUGGGCAUCUAUAAGGACAACUAUCGGGCACUGCUCAACAGCGUCUCAAUGCUGCUGUUUCUGAAGCAUCUAAAGCAUAUUGCUUAUCUGUUGUCCUAUGAUCUGGCUGCUGGCAUCCUGGCCGAAGUGGUCCUACCCGUUUUCCGGCAAUACAAACAGUUCAGUGAGUGCAACCCAAAACCGAAUCCAGCAAUCAAGUUACCCCGCUUGCAAAUGCCCGGCCAACUGGACAACUAUCGCAUCCUACACGAAUGCCUGAGUAUCUUCGUGAUGUACCUGAGCGACAUACGCCUCGUUAAGGCCUUCUACAACGAGGAGAACAUUGGGUAUAUGCAGGAUUUGUUGGAUGUGCCCGAACUGCAGCGUGGCGUCUGUGAUCUCAUCAAGGUGGGCAUCGAUAACAUUGCCUUCCUGGGCGACAAUAGCCACGAACAGAUCGCCCUCAGCCGGCGUCUCAUACAACUCCAGUUAAAUAGCAGUGAUCGCGCUUCGCGACUCUUCCAAGCACUGCUCCACAGAUGCGCUCAGCGAUUGCAUGCCAAAUUUUGGCUGGAGGAGACGGCCGAUACGGCACUGCUGCAGGGCCAUAAGCCAGUCGAUAUAUUAUAUAUAACAGCGCUGCAGUGGACACUCAACUAUGAGCUGCUCAAGACCAGUCAAUUGUUCUACAAUGAGUUUGCGAAAAUCUACUCGAUACCCGUGGAAAUGAUAGUUGAUAAUGAUGAUGAGGAGCAACAACAACAGCAGCAGCCGGAGCACGAGGAGAAGCUGCGACAUGGUGAUAAGACCAUCAUUGACAUACUCAAGCUGAAUUACAAUGCGCUUAGCUGUUUCCUUAUGCUACCCAAAGCGGUCAUUGAAGCAAACUCAACCGCAACGACAACCACAGCGAUGAAGUCACCUAUUUCUGGCUCAAGUUCAUUGGAGACUCUCGUGCCGCAUUUACAGCUGCUGCCCAGUGCGCUGUCAGUCUCCACAACGACCGUUGCCAGUUCGGACUAUGCGGAUUCCUCCUUGGACUACGCCUCAAUUAUCAAUAACUACGCAUCGCAACCGGCAUUGCCUUCCUUCCUGCAACACCUGCAGUCAAGCCAACCAGACGAGAGUAUUGUGCUCUUUGACAUACGCGGAAGCAAUCACAACGCCGCCACCAACACCACCGCCAGCAACAGCAACAAAAACCACAUCAACAUCGAAGCAAUGCAGCCCAGCCACUUGGGGGAUGAGGUCGUCGCAAACGGACUGUUUUUUAAGCUGUUUAAUAUUGUGGGCUCACUAUUUGGAGGCAGCACUGAGCGACGCUCGCCGAGCCCUGAACCAGCUCUGGAUAUUGAUGCCGAUUUGUUUACGCUGUUCGUGGCGAAUGGCGAGUGCAAGAAACUGCUUCUAAAACUCUUCGAGGCGACCAUGGCCAUAUGCAUCAAGGGCUUUCAAAACGAAGAUGUCGAGAAAAUGCAGAAACACUUGCGCAAACUGAAAGCCGAAAUAUUGAGCAAAGCCUCCAGCGACUGGACAGAACAUGGGGAGCACCAUGCCCGAGACAAUGCGGUUAUAUUAACACUGCAGACGCUGCUCAAGAUUGGCGAGCUCUCGAGCACACACAAUGAGCCAGCGGGCGUCGUGGUGAGCAGUCCAAAUGGUGCCGCCACACGGACGCGACCACGUGCUCGCUCCUUCAACAGUGGCAGCGUGGAGCUGCCCAGACAGCAGACAGCAGUCAAGCUGCCGGCCAAGAACUCGCUGGCCACGCCACCCACGCCUCGACAACGGCCCAAUUCCAGUGAUGGCGCCAUUGGCGACGCCGAUUACUUCUCCACGCGUGCCUCAGUCAGCUGCGCCGCCGACAGUGAGUUGGAGCUGAGCGAGAACGAGCAUGAGUGCUAUCUAACCGCCGACGAGGGUUACGAUGCGGAUGGCGAAAUCGCUGGACCAAGUGAAUCCGAAUGCGAUCUUAACGGCGGCGUUGCGGCCGCCAAUGAAUCGUGGACACCUUUCCAGCCAUCGUCACGCUAUCGCAGUCACAUUAUGCACGAGGGACUGAGCCAACUGGUUGUGGAGAUGCUGGUGGAGCUAUCGCUACUGUGCAUGCGCCAGCCCAGCGGCUGGACAGAGAGUCUCACCCAGCUGGCGAAUCGUUUGUUUGUCAUACGCGACUAUCUGGGUGGACCAUUGUGCCUGCUGCAAGGAUUUGCUCCAGUGCUCGGCAGCAAUGAUGCCAAACUGAGAGAACUACAGCAAUCCAUACUGGAGCUCAUCAGUCAUCUGAACACACCCGAUGUGCUCAACUGCUUCUUUGGCAUCCUGAGCAGCAAACAGCCGCCAGUGGAGCUACUAAUGCGUCACAUGCAUCACAUUUGCGCUGGGAGUCUGCGACGCGCACAGCCCUGCAUGGAACUGGAGUUUCCUAUCACAAUCGACGGCAAAGUUGUGAUCACAGCGAAUGCAUCGAUCAGUGAACAGAUCGAACGUGUCAGAUUGCAGCAUCAGCGUUGUCAGGCAACCACUUUGUUCACACGCGCCGCCUGCAUUGUGCCCGUGACGCAGACGAGCCUGUGGCAGCCAAAUGGACUCACGCUCUCGCUGUGGCUGGAGGUGAAGGGUCAGCAAAUGCAUCGCAGCUUUACACAAUUGAACGAUGACGAAACACGGUACUCCGGCGAGGAUUCAACGAAAUGUCAUCUGGUCUCGUUGGGCAGCAGCGCCGCCAUGCUCAGCAUUUAUAUUAGCAACAAUUUGCAAUUAAUUUUCGAGCUGGUGCGGCCCAGUGAACCGUUGCCAGCACGAGUCGAGGAGCACAUGGAGGCCAGCAGUGAGCUGCCGUCACAGCUGAACAGCGGCAGUUUUCGUCAUGCUCUGAAGCAAACGAAAAUGAAACUGCUGAAUAGCUUUGGUCAAAUGCAUCUGCUCAACGGACAUGGACAGGUGGGGAAUGAGGGCUGCAGUGGUUACUUUGAAGGCGCCAGUGUGCAGGUGCAGCAGCUACGCUUGCCGCGCAACAAAUGGACGCAUCUGGUGUUCGCAUUGCAACAGCAGGCGGAUGGAUUGCAGAUCGCCAUCUUUGUGGAUGGCCUCGACCAGCACACGCUCAGUUUGCCAUUUCAUAAUCUGCGCCACGCCUCGCGCACGCACAGCUUUCAGAUGCUGGCCGUGGGUGAAGGUGUUCCGGCCAAGAGUGGCAACAGCAACAGCAGCUCCUCACGCUCCACUCUGGAUGGGUGUGCGCCACGCUAUGCUCUGUCUAAUCUAGUGCUCUUCAAGCGUCGCCUCGUUGAGCGCAAUGUUAUGCUUAAUCUGACUGCAAUGGGACCGGACUUUACCGAGUUCACCCAGUGCCAAGUGGCCAACUGGAAACCCAAUUAUGGUCAUGUGCAACUUGGUAAACUGACCACUUCCAAUUUUGGCAGCCAUGCGGACUGCAUGAAACUGUUGCGGGAGGCUCGUAUCUUAGUCUACACGGCCCAACAGCCGGAUCUGGUCAUGUGUCACGAUGCCAGCCAAGAGCUGGACAUGGCAUGCUAUGGCCAGCCACAGGGACAUAUGCUCUAUGGUGAACUGCUGCAGCAUCAGCCACAAACGCUGCAAACGGCGGUGCUCCUAAGUGGCGGAUUAUCCACCAUGCUUUAUCUUUUCGCUAGGAUUGUGGAGCUGUCGGGCAGUGCCAAUGCGCAGGCUUUGGCCUUGGAUUUGCUGUUGCAGGUGGGCCACUCGGAUGCCCAGCUUUAUACGGAGUUUCUGCGUCAGGAUUAUCUGUCGCUCAUCGGUUAUGUCAUCAAAUCGGAGCGCUGCUCCAAGGAUGUGCAACUGCUGCGCAGCAUUGUGAACAAUGCCUGCUCCCAGCCAGUGAUCAGCCGCAAAGGCGAUGUGCUCCAUGUGAAUGACAAUACGACGGCCAGCUUAAUUUAUCCCAGUCUGCUGCUGGCGGUGCUUCUGCGCUACUCAGAUUGGCAUCGCUCGGGCGCCACGCAUUCCGAUGUGCUGGACAUGCUGUUCCGUUGCAUAUUGGCGCUCAGCCGGGACAAGCAUCCGCAGCGCGAUUUCAACAUGGAGCAGCUGCAGAAAUCGGGUCUGCUGCGAGCGCUGCUCAAUCUGUGCAAGGUGUAUGUGAUUGAGUCGCCAAGUCCAGUACACAUAUCGCCCUACGCAGCUGAAUGCUUUGUCCAGAUCUUGGCCGUAUUUGCGGGCUCACCGCCGGCGCCUUCGUUGCUGGACGAAAUGAUGAAGCUGCUGCUGUUGCUGCACAAGCCCAGCGAGUGUUUUGUCACCCACGAUCGUUCCAAGUUCUACUUUCUGCUGACGCCACAGAUGCCGGUGAAGGAACGCUCCAUUGUAGCAACGAAUUUGAGCCGUGUGACCACCUCGUUUCGGCGUCAGGUCCAACCGCCCGUUCAGGAAUUGGAUGCAGAGCGUGCCGAGCGCAUUAAACGAUUGCGACGCCUGCACAACUCUAGUUCCAGCUAUAGGCGUGCUCUUAACGACAUGGAGGAUCACCUGGACCAAAUGGCCGACUGCUCCAAUCUGAAUAAGGCCGCACUGCAUCUACUCAGUCCGGUGGAGGCAUCACGUUGGCGUCUCAAGUUCAAGCGACGGCAUCCCACUGCCUCCAGCCAAAGUCCCAAGCGAAGUCCGCUCAAGGUGGCACGCAAACGCGCCCAUUCCCAUCCCACUAAGUACUGGCAGCCCUCGAUACACAGCACGCCCAGCUCGACACAGACAACACCGCUGCCCAGUCGUAAAACGGACUUUUACGAGCAACAUGGCAUUGUGAUGCUGCAGCAGAGAUUGCUCAUCCUGCUCAAGGACUUUCUGUGCCUACUGCCCGACUCUGCCGUGGAUGAGGUGCUGCGCCAUUAUGUCAAACUCGAAUUUCUGCUCGUCCUGGCCAAUCAUCGCAGCUGUGCCGUGCGCACAGCCAUCAUCCAACUGCUGGCCGUAUUGACCAAGCGUUUGGCUGCAGCAGAACUUGCUGCCGCCUCCAAGCAGCUGUAUCCAAUGCAUCUGGCCAAUCAGCUGACCAUCCAUGGCAGCGAUGUGGCCAUGUUUGAGGCGUGCUUCUCCUGGGUGAGCGAUCUUCAUGGCAAUCUCACCGAUAUGCUUAGCUCUGAGAUCAUCUUUGGCAUACGCCAGCGCUUUGGUCUGCAAGCCAUGUUGGCCAUUUCAAUGGCCAUGGACCACAGUAGCUGGAUCACAGAGCCGCAACGUGUCUUUCAAGCGCUGCUGCGUCUCUAUCUACAGAAUCCGAAUGAACAAUUGUGCCUGGUGGAGGCGGGUCUGCUGCAGUGCAGCGUCAAAGCACUGCAUCAGCUGUAUUCGCUGCGUCUCACACAGCCAAACAUGGAUCAGUCCAUUGUGGAGCUACUGAGCGGCAUUGGCGAGCGUGCGCUCAAAUCUGUCGGACAAAUAAAUUUGGUUUGGGACAUACUCAACAUGCUGGCCUUUUACCAGGACAAACAGCCACCGCACAUUGUGCGCAGCUUUCGCCGAGUGCAAGCUCAGCUGCAGCUGAAGUGGCUCAACGUGUUCUUCGAGGCCUGCAAUGGAGCCAGCUGUAAUCAUGGCUAUCGCUUAAGGAGCAGCCUGCCCGACUGUUCGCUCAGUCAGACGGAGUGUCGUACACGAAUGGAGCUGCUCAUUGAUCGCUGCACACAAUUCUUUACGGCCGGCAGCAAGAGCAGCACGUAUGAGGAUAAAAGCCAGGAGCUGGCACUGUUUGAGCUGCUCGUCUCCUAUGGCAUUGCCAACAAUCAUCGCUGCAAUAAUUUCAUUGCCUGGGGACUGCAGCCAUCGUGUCCGCGUGAUUUGCGCGCCUACAUUGUGGAUGCGCUCUGGCGCACUUGUCAUUCUGAGUUUCAAUCAUCCAUCAUAUGCGAUGUGAAGAUGAUCAAGGCGCUGUUGUGGCUCAGCCUAAUGGAGGAUGUGAAGCCACCCAUUGAGAAUUUGUCGAACCUGUGCAAGGAGCUGGGCAUCAAGGAGGAUGAUUCCACUUGGAAUCUGGAGCACGAGCUGGAGCGUUUGGAGGUGAAUCGCAGCAGUGGGGCAGCUAAGCAGAAGCAGCUGCUGGAGAAGACGCUCUAUAAAUUUGAGCCACUAGUGCAGCACUGCAUUGAGACCUCAAUGGUGACCACGAGGCGUGUGGCGGAGUUGCAGAAUGCCGAGCGCAAGCUGCUCAUGUGUCAUAUGAAGGAAUACGAUGACACCUCCACCUACACCAAGUGGCUGGAGAUCAUCCGUCGCAUGACGCACGAGGGCGCACCCUGGCACUGCAGCGAGCGUGCCGAGUGCUCCUGGGAACUGGACGACACGGAGGGUCCAUCGCGUGUUCAUACGCGUCUGCGUCGCUGCCACUUGGACAUUGAUCGGCGCUUUUUCAUGAACGACUACUGCCUGGGGCAGGGGCAGCGUGAGGAGCAGGAUCAGUAUAUGCGUCCGCUGGAGUAUUUGAUAGCCAGCUACGAUCAGCAAUUGAACAUAUCGCUCAACUCCCAGAUACUCUAUAAUUUUGCAGCGAAAUUUCUGCCCGUCGAUGGUGAAAUCGAUGGCGAGAUUAUUAUAACCGAUCUGAAGCUCUAUUUUCUGGCCACAUAUCGUUGUAAAUACUUCAAUGUGAACUGUGAUAUAUCGAACAUAACUGAAAUUUGGCUGAAGCGCUACCAACACCAGGAGAAGGCAUUCGAAAUACUAUUGGACAGCAACAAGUCCUUGUUCUUUUCGCUGCAAAAUGCCGACGACUGGAAGAUCAUGCGCGAGGUAUUCUGUGAUAAAAUUGUAACCUUGCCCGACAAUGAUAAGGUGACGCAGCAAUGGCGUGACGGCUUGCUGACCAACUGGGAGUAUUUGAUGGCACUCAAUCAGAUGGCCGGACGCACCUACAACGAUCUCAUGCAGUAUCCAGUCUUUCCCUGGAUCCUGGCCAACUACAAGUCCGAGACUUUGGACCUGCGCCUGCCACAAAACUACCGGCGUCUCCCGCGACCAAUUGCCGUACAGCUGGAGGAGAAUGAGCAGCAUUACAUAAGCAAUUAUGCGUACAUCAACAGCACCAAUACUAACAUGGGCUCUCUAAUCUUGAAGCCGUAUCACUACAGCUCCCACUACUCCAACUCUGGCACAGUGCUACACUUCUUAGUGCGUGUGCCACCAUUCACCAGCUAUUUUCUGAACUAUCAAGACAACAACUUUGAUUUACCGGAUCGCACGUUUCAUGCGUUGAAUACCACCUAUUGUCUGGCUAGCAGGGAUAGUCCCACGGAUGUCAAGGAACUCAUACCCGAGUUCUUUUGCCUGCCUGAAAUGUUCGAGAAUUUCGAGCGUUUCAAUUUCGGCCAUCGACAGAAUGGCGAACGCGUUGACGAUGUCGCCUUGCCAGCCUGGUGUCAGCGGGAUCCUCGUCUCUUUGUGCUCAUACAUCGACAGGCGCUGGAAUCGGAACUGGUGCGCAACGAACUGCAUCACUGGAUCGAUCUGAUAUUUGGCUUCAAGCAGACGGGCGAGAGUGCCGUUGAAGCCAUUAAUGUCUUCCAUCCAGCGACCUAUGCUGUUUUUCUUGACUCGGAGACGAGCGAUCCGAUUGAACGCGAGGCAGUCAAAACUAUGGUCAAGACGUACGGACAAAUGCCGCGCCAGCUCUUCAAGUCGCCACAUCCAUCUACAAAGACAUUGGAGUAUGCUUUAGUCGACAAAUCCAUUGUGUCCAGUGUGAAGGGACUGCGCUGGGGUGUCUAUGUGGGCUCGCCGCAGUUGAAGCCACCCACUUGGGCCAAUAUUCACAAAAUACCCGGCACGGAGCGUCUAGUUAGCCUCAGUAAUACAAAUGUGGUAUAUGCGUUGGCCGCACGUGCUGGCGUAAUGCAGGGCGCCGAACCGGAUACAUAUAAAGUGAUUUCGUGGGGCUACGAUGAUCGCAUUGUGCGCAUUCAGCCGCUGAACAAACCACAAGCGAAGCCCAAGAAUCUGCUGCACAAUGGCAGCUUUGAUGACAUCAGCGCCUGCGGCUGUGAUGUCAACUGCAACCAGCUCUGGUUUGGCCACAAGUCGGGACGCAUCAGCGUCUACAAGUGCACCAGCGGCGUCGAGGCACAACAGCGCGCAAGCACCAAGACCCGUCAAAGUUAUGUGAUCGGUUUGCAGCUCUCCUACAAUUCAGCCUUCCGUAAGCUGACCACCAAGAGCACUGGAUCCGGCAUGGGUGCUGGAGCGUCCGACGACUCUGGCAAUUUGCACAACGCAAACUCGUCGGCAUCGAUGGCCUCAUCCGGUGGCUCCUCCAACAGCGAUGCGAUGCAGCGCGAUGGUGCUGAUCUGAGCUGGUUGGGUCCAACGUUGCUGGUGCGGCACACGGAUGAGAUCACAUGCAUUGCCCUGUCCGUGGAGUUUAAAAUUGCAGUGACCGCUGGACGUGAUGGCAUUGCCGUCAUUUGGGAUCUCAACGACUGGAGCUAUGUGCGCACCAUUGCACGCCCCGCAGAGAUACAUCAGUCGCCCAUCACGCACGUGGCCAUCAGUCCCACGCUUGGGGACAUUGUUACCGUGCACACGCUGCCCCAGCAGCUCACAAAUACCGCAACAGAUGCAAAUGCAGUGCAGCCAAAGCCGACUCCAUCCAAGCUAAGCACAGAGGACGAGUGCAUCGAGGUGACCGAGGAGAGUAUCGAUGACUUCGUGAAUGUCAACAUCAAUCCCAAUGGCAAAUCCAUACUGCGUCUGCAUUCGGUGAAUGCACGCUAUGUGCAGCAUUUGGUGCACGAAGAUCGCAUUGAAGCCGUGUGCUAUUCUUACAUCAAGGAGGGCGUCGGCGUCAAUGUUAUUGCCACCGCUGUUGAGGGUGGCAUUGUGCGUUUCUGGUCCAGCUGGAACUUGAGUUUUGUCAGCCAACUGGCCACAGGCAUAUCGCCUAUACGCAGCAUAUGUUACUCCACGCAUCAGCAUUUGGUGGUGCUAACGCGGGAUUCCAAUAUCCAGGUCUGGGAAUCGGAGGGUCUCUACGGCAAUGCUCCAAAAUUUCCGCAAAUCGUCUAUAAAUGAACUAAACGACAUUCUCAAUAACAGGAAUAACUAAACUCAAAGCAUAUCAAUGACAGACACAUAAAACUGAAUAGCUGAAGAAUCAAAAUUAAAUCGAUCUUUAAAAUAUAUCAACUCACAUUAGUUUUGUAGCCAUAGGUUCAUAAAGCUCUACAAAUACAUUUUUCUACAAACAACUUUUAUAGUUUACCACAUUUCGUUUUGUUCUUUAUGGCUUAUAAGAAAAAUAUUAAUAUAAUUAUGUGACGAUGGCAUCUCUGAUACUAUAUAGUAACUAUAUACAUAUGUGUAAAUUUAUAUCAGUGGAGAGAACAAUCUAUGCCACAUAGUUUGCUCUUGCUUCGAUAUUACUUGUGCUGCGCUGCCUUCGAAAUGUUGAUAUUAUCAAUAAACAAUGCAUUUUUGCAAAACAAUUAAA